CCUUGUAGAAAUAUCCCCUCGGCUAACUUGUACAAAAGAAGGUAACAGGAUGCGCCCCCCUCCCCGCUUAGCUUCUUUUACCUAUUCUUUGAAUAAGUUGGAAAACUUCAGUUCCCAGAUCAAAGACCAGGGGGGCUGAGAGUGAGGCUCUCCCCACUUUGCUUUGUUACUGCCUAGUCUGGACUAUUGGGGCGGGGUCUCUAGCUCCUCCGCCCUUCCUGUUGUCUCAUUCGAAUUCUUUCCCAGUCAAAGAGCUCUCUUUUAAAUGUACCCUGUUUCAACUGGAAUUUGAGCCCUAAAACACCUUGGGGUGGGGGGUAUUGGUCAGACUUGAGAGACAGAAUAACACAAGGAGACAGCAGAGGAGGGGGAAGAAACGGAUGCGAAGGAGGGAGAGAAUGCCAGCAGGCAGGAGGGGUUGGGAGGACAGCCUAGCUCACUCGAGGAUGCAGAAAACCUGGCUUUUGUCUUGGCUUCUGAUUCUAAUCGUGAGACGCUGCCUAGGUUCUCUUUCGCAGCUCCAGAACCCCUCACCCGUAUGCGGGACAGUGGAAAUGCGUGGGGCCGCGUAGCGUGGGUGCGGGGUGGCACUCAGGGAAGCCAGGAUUGCGCUGCUUUGAGCUGACUCUUGGAGCCCCGCCCAAGAAUCUCUGCCUUAGGGGGUAUCUGACCAUUGGUGUUUUUGCAGACAGAAAUCCUAGAUUCUGUAACUGGAUUCAAGCAUGUGGGCGCAGGUCAGAGCAGGGGUGGCAAGAAAGUCUGCCACCUGGGCUGGGGGCAUCCCCGCGGCGGCUGGUUAUGCUGGUGCAGAGGAGCUCAUCUGGCCUCUCCUGGGAGGGCGGAAAGACACGCAAGGGGCCGGCCCAAGAACAACUGAACCCUGGCUAGAGACUGUUAUUUGUCCCGGUUGCAUUCCGAGUACUCCUGGAGCCCAAAGCCACCCGACUUUGCAUUUUCGUCCUCUUCUGCCGGUCCUUUGUCCCGCAGAGAGGCGAUUUGUGAGGAAACUGUGAGGUCGUUGGACACCCACGGAAUGCCAGUCCAAGUCGAACCCUUUCCUUGCACUCUGGGGUUGAGAUGGUAUCCAGCCUCCCCGCCAUUGCUAACAGAUAGCAGGAACUCUUUGUUUAAUGGACUCAAAAGCUCUUCUUUCACCUCCAGCUAUUCUCAAAGUUCCGUGUGCCUAGCACUUUUCCUGGGUGAUAGGCUCUGGAGCGCUCUGCCACACCACAGAAUGAGCCAAACUAGCUAAGUUUAGGGGCAUCUAUUAUUCAUGUUCCUAGCAGAUCCUCUCCAGCCCAAAAUAGAUGCUGGAGGUUCUCCGUGACCUACAUCUGCGCGGGGAAGGGCUCCCCUGGGCUCCGCAGCUCGGAUGGGGGUGGCUGCUGCUGGAAUCGUCCUCCCGCAUCCUACCUAUCCACCUAUCCCUUCCAUUCUGCCCUGGGUCUCCCAGUCUCGACUCAUAUCAUUUCUUAGGAUCUUUGUCCUGCGAGCUAAAUGUUACUUAGGGAAGCUUGGGGAGUCAGACCAGAAGAAGAGGCUUACGAUCAGGACGGAAACCCGCUGCAAGACUUCUACGACUGGGACCCUCCGGGCGCAGGGAGCCCCGCCUCCGCGCUGCGUGACGCCUACGCCCUUUACUACCCAGCCGACAGGAGAGAUGUCGCCCACGAAAUCCUUAAGGAAGCCUACCGCAAAGUCUUGGACCAGCUGUCCGCCAGGAAGUACCUGCAGUCCAUGGUGGCCAGGGACAUGGGCGAGAACCUCGCCGCCGCCGCGGUGGACGACCGCGCACCCCUUACCAAACGCCACUCGGACGGCAUCUUCACAGACAGCUAUAGCCGCUACCGAAAACAAAUGGCUGUCAAGAAAUACUUGGCGGCCGUGCUAGGGAAAAGGUAUAAACAGAGGGUUAAAAACAAAGGACGCCGAAUAGCGUACUUGUAGCGAUGAGUUGCCAGCUACCGUGUGUAUAAAAUGAAAAGUCGUUUUCCAAAUUGACUGACCAGUCAUCACUCAUGUGUUCUUUCCAAACAUGUAUUUAUGUAUCAAGUAAAGCCAUUAAAUGACUAUUUUGAUAAUAAUAUUGUUUUUCUUUUUACGAAGCACUAGAGAAUGCACAGAUAUACUUUGUGGACCAAUUAUUGAUAUAUAUUAUAAGUAUAUAUAUUAAGAAUAUAUAUAAGUUAACAGAGAGCAAUUCAUAAGCGUGCACAAGGAUUGAAAAUUCGCCUGAGCUGUUUAUGUUUUUAUAUAAAAUGAAUAGAGAAAAUAGACAACCAUUGUUUUGAAUAUUACUCCUAUUUUUGUAAACUGGAAUUAAAGGAUAGUAUUUUUAUCCACAACCGGCUUGAAGAUACCAAUAAUGGCCAUUUGUACAAAAAAAAUGAUGCCCUGCUCCAGGAGAAUUCUGAGGUAAUGACUUGGGAAAUUGCUGAAGGGCUUUCUUUCCUUGUGAGUCUCUGGGGCAGGCUGCUUGAACCCCAGCCUAACUAACUCAAGUGGGCAUUGUCCCACUGGUUGCGGGGCAAUUCCAACACUUUCAUUUUCUUUGAUUAUACUUUUAUGUGUAUCUGUCUCUCCUCAGAGUCCCAGCCCAUAAGGAAAUUCUAAUUACCGAACAGCUCGAUCCAAAUUGUGCUUCUCCCCAAAAUUCAUGUCAUUCCCUGGGAGAAGAGUCGAGGAACUGUACAGAAGAGACCAGCUUGGAGAGAAAGCGCUCUUUUUUGUACUUCCUGAUUCUUCAGGGAACUGACUAUCCUAAAGCUAGGGCAAUUGGAACAAAGUGAAAGAUAUAGAGAGGACUGGAAGGGGCAGAGCAUGGGGUGUGGAGGAGGACCCUGUAGAGGGACUGAUUUGAGAGUUGCCUCAGGUCUGAGAAUCUGGGGGCAAGUCUAGUCCCUCUGCAGGUUCCACUGCCUGACAGACCAGGUGCUGGUGUUGGAAUGAAUGAAUGCAAAGUACAAUGUGUUUUUCUCCAGUGCUGUCCAUGCUUUUCAUGUUGUGAAAUGGCCAGGAUCCUCCCCUUUGAACACUGCUCUGCAGAAGCCACCCCUAUUCUUUGUGGUUUUUCUGGAGAACCUCCUUCCUACCCUUGCCCUCCUGCAUUGUUUAAGAAUCUCGUAUGCCAUUUUCCACUCACUUAUCUUAAAUUUGUGAAUGCUAGUUAUUUUUUGUUGUUGUUUGAUGCAAGCAGUUACUGUGAAGUUUAGGAACCCCUGUUUAGCUACCACAGAGUGAGUAUGCACUAAAUAUGAACCUUUUGUUUCUUGUUUAUUGAGUUUGUAGGUAAAAUGUAUUUUUCUAUAUUAUGGCUUAUUGCUUAGUAAAAUUUAUUUCAUAAAACCAAUCUUUGUCAUAUUAGAAUGUGUAGUGUUCCAAUGCUGCUCAGUCUGACUAACUGAUAAAUCAUUUAAACCCCAUCUUCACAUGUAUGAGUACUAUCUUAUAUUUGUGGUGGAAGGAGGUCCCACACCCCACCCUUGUAUCCUGUCUUGGCUAAAAAAAAGCAUGUCUGUUUCUUGUCAAUUUCUUGAACAUAUAUGGAGUAAUCUUUAUAAACAAAAGAACCGUCACCCACCAACCAGAUCAAGCAGCAACAAUUCAGCCAGCCUCCCAAAUUUUAGGCACAAUUUUUCAAAAAAACAAAAACAAAAACAAAAAAACAACAAAAAACAAAACAAAAAACAAGAAAAAAAACCCAUUAGUUUGUAAAGUUUAAGGAACUUUUCCUUUUUCCUGUACAGAUUUGAUUAGUAUGAAGUCAGGCAUCUAAGAGAAAAAAACUGUAUUUGCAUUCCCAGGCGGGUGGAUGGAUGCUGCCCCAGAUCACAUUGCAAACAGAGAAAGCAAGCAGGCAUUCGAUUUCAGCCUGUGUCCAGCUACAGGAUCAAUUUUUAAUCCUGCAGUCUCCUCAGGCAAUGUGACCUGGGAUGCAGUUUGCAGCUUUAGUGCCUUUCUUUGCCUUUUAAAUCGCCACGAAUCACAGAUGGCUAUUUAGUGGCCCUACAAUGCUGCAACACAUCGGCUUGCGUUUUAGUCUUAAUUAUUUGUUUCUUGGAUAAUUGUUUGUGUCAGCUGUUAGUGGUGAAACAGGGCUCUAGUGAACCUUUUAUUUAUGAAGUCUAACUUAGUGUUCACGUGGCUAGUGGCAAGCAUUUUACAGUGAUCACCCAAUUUAAUCUUUUGUAUACUUUUUAGAAAUGCCAAGAGCCUUACUAAACUGGAGCAGAUUUAUGAUAUAGUGAUGAUAUAGGUAGAUGUUAGUCUUGAAGCUCUUAUUUUGUGUGCAACUGAUUAUACAAACAUAUUAACCAAGCAUUAUUACACACAUAAUAUCUAUAACUAGGACUUUGAUAACUGUUAUAUAAAGUGUGUAAAAUUUGUAUGAAUAAAUUUUUGUAAACAA